GCAGACAAACCCAUUUCUCUAUGACUGUGAUUUGAAUCUGAACACCGAACGCCAAAAGGGAAUUAGGGUUUUAGGAAUCAACAAUGGAUUUGACAACGGAGAAGAAGGAAUUAGAGAGCAACAACAACAAUAGCAACAAUAGCAGCAAUAACCCCGAAAGUGCCCAUCAAAUUGUAGAUUCUUCUUCUCAAUUGGCACCUGAUGCUAACAAUAACUCUAACAAAGAAGCCGAAGAGCGACAAGCUCGUGAACUCAAAGCUGGUCUUCACCCACUAAAGCAUAAAUUUGUAUUUUGGUACACGCGUCGAGCACCUGGAGUUCGAAAUCAAACAUCAUACGAGGACAACAUAAAGAAAAUUGUUGAUUUCAGUACGGUUGAAGGAUUUUGGGUCUGCUAUUGCCAUCUUGCUCGCCCUUCUUCUUUGCCUAGUCCAACAGAUUUGCACCUUUUUAAAGAAGGGAUUCGUCCAUUAUGGGAGGACUCUGCGAACUGCAAUGGUGGGAAAUGGAUUAUACGAUUCAAGAAGGUUGUCUCAGGUCGUUUUUGGGAGGACCUGGUUCUUGCCUUAGUCGGUGACCAAUUGGAUUAUGGAAGUAACAUAUGUGGUGCAGUAUUAAGCAUUCGUUUCAAUGAGGAUAUAUUGAGUGUCUGGAAUCGCAAUGCAUCUGAUCAUCAGGCUGUAAUGGCUCUAAGAGAUUCAAUUAAACGUCACUUAAAGCUUCCUCACAGCUACGUUAUGGAGUACAAGCCCCAUGACGCCUCUCUGCGAGACAAUUCAUCUUACAGGAACACUUGGUUGAGAGGCUAGAGAUACAACUGUGUUGUUCAUGCUGGCACAGCUUUCACUCAGCCAGUUAAUCAUUGGCUUCAGUCUUAUGAUGGUGUUGGGGUGUUCCAGUGCUGGUUUCUGUCUUUUGAAUUCAUGUAUGACAGCAACAUUGUGACUGAUUUUAGUAGUUUUAUUUGGUUACUUAAAGGUUCACUCUCUAAUUUUGUGUAAUGUCUUGCUCCGUUGUUGUAAAUAAAGUUGCUCGUUUUGUCGCUUUUCACCUAGCUGAAGGAGAGAAGCAUGACUUUUCAUUCAGAUGAUAGAUUACACUUGUAGCACAUUUUGACAAAAAGGGCAUUAAUCCAUGAAAGUGGAGACGUAUU